CCGAUCCACAAAAUGACGUCACCUUCGAACACUCAACAUACCUUCCCAGAGCGCAGCACUCUACUCAAGUUCGAACUGAACCGUUACUCUGACCGAAACAAACAUUAAUUCUCACCCCGAUCGACAAACAUUGAUCACGUCAAUGUGAUGCGCAGUACACUCAACGAGUCCGCCUGCGCAGCGGUCUGGGAGAACGUGGACUGGCUCGAACCGAACGCGCUGAUUCGGCUCACCGUGCUGCUGCUGAUCGACGUGAUGGUGAUCGUCGGCAACUGUUUGGUGAUUGCAGCCGUGCUGUGCUCGUCCAAGUUGCAGCUGGCCGUGACCAAUAUAUUCAUUGCUUCGUUGGCGGUGGCCGAUUUGAUGGUGGGGAUGGCGGUGUUGCCGUUUUCCUCCGUUUGGGAAGUGUUUAAGGUGUGGACUUUUGGUGACGUUUGGUGCAAAGUGUGGCUGGCAGUUGACGUCUGGAUGUGCACCGCCUCUAUUCUGAACCUGUGUGCCAUAUCCUUGGACAGAUACGUAGCGGUAACAAGGCCUAUAACGUAUCCGAGCAUAAUGUCAAGGUCCAGAGCCAAGAUGCUGGUAGCGGGACUCUGGGUUCUAAGUUUUGUGAUAUGCUUUCCGCCCUUAGUAGGAUGGAAAGACUCUAAGUCGGAAGAUGGCCAAUCGAACGUGACCCUGCCCGAGGACACGCCCACGCACUGUCCCUGGAAAUGCGAACUCAUCAACGAAUCCGGCUACGUGGUUUAUUCGGCACUCGGCUCCUUCUACAUACCCAUGUUCGUCAUGCUGUUCUUCUACUGGAGGAUAUACAAGGCGGCGAUAAGAACCACGCAAGCCAUCAACCAGGGCUUUAAAAUAACAGAAUCUAGUUCAUUGCUAGGUUCGCCGGGCAACCGAUUCGAACAACAGCGACUCACGCUACGCAUUCACAGAGGGCGCGGUAGUUCUACUCGCGUUCCUCACGGCUCACCUAACGGUAGCAGUUACACGGCCACGACAACAAGUAGCGCAUCACCGAGUCCACGAAGGAACCACGAUAGGGCUCACGAGAGAGUCAAGAUCAGCGUGAGUUACCCUUCGAACGAGAAUCUGUCAUCGGCUACGUCAUCGCCACAGUUGUUAGCUGUUACUCCUACGUCUCCAUCCGGACACCCGUCCUACGUCGUCCACUACUCAGUGAAUGGCAAAGACUCCUCCACGGCGACCAAGCUGUGCAACAGGCGAUCGCAGGUCAGCGACAACGAUCACCUGCUGAAGGUGAACAGGUGCGAUCCGAACAACCUGCCCUCGAAGAAACGGUCCAGUAGCGUGGAUAGCGGGAGGAAAAGGGCUCCUAGUCCGAGUCCUAGCGCCAGCGAGGACGGGGCAGCUUCUGGGAAGAUGAAGCUGACCACUCGCCGGAUGGGGAAGAGAAAUAUUAAAGCUCAGGUUAAGCGUUUCCGUAUGGAAACCAAAGCCGCCAAAACCCUAGGCAUCAUCGUCGGAGGCUUCAUCUGCUGCUGGCUGCCCUUCUUCACUAUGUACCUGGUACGCGCCUUCUGCGCCGACUGCAUCCACCCUCUAGUCUUCUCCAUCUUGUUCUGGUUGGGGUACUGUAACAGCGCCAUCAACCCCCUGAUCUACGCUCUCUUCUCCAAGGACUUCAGGUUCGCCUUCAAGAGAAUCAUCUGCAAGUGUUUCUGCACGGGGAAAGGCUCAAUGAAUUCUCGGAGAGGAUCGGAUGGAUCUCAACUACAAGGUCGUCAAUUCAGAUCACCCAGUUACAACGUCCAAGUGCACGGCAACUCGCUGGGCGAAGAGAGCGAUCCGGGCGGGGACCCGUCCGACUCCAGGUGACGCAGCG